UAAAAAAAUAUACAUCUCAUUGUUCUCGUUUAUCGAGCAGUGAAAGUAAAGUCCUCAAGAUAAUGAUUAAAUUAGUGUUUAUUUUAGUGCUAUCUUUUGUUAUUGUUUAUGGAAAAAAGAAUUUCAGAGAAAUUUAUCAAUUUCCAAAAGAUUUUAUAAUUGGAGCUGCGACAGCCUCUUAUCAAAUUGAAGGAGCCUGGAAUGAGAGUGGAAAAGGAGAAAGUGUUUGGGACUGGUUCACCCACAAUAAACCAUGGAUGAUCAAGGAUAAAAGUAAUGGUGAUGUGGCUUGUGACUCUUACCACAAAUACAAAGAGGAUGUAUCAAUUCUAAAAGACAUUGGAUUUGAUUUCUACCGCUUCUCAAUAAGUUGGACUAGAAUAUUUCCAAGUGGUUUUCCUAAUAGAAUCAAUUCAGCAGGAAUUAGAUAUUAUGAGAAUUUAAUUGACGAACUGCGCUCGAAAGGUCUCGAACCAUUUGUUACAAUUUAUCACUGGGAUCAUCCGGAGGUACUGGAAAAACUUGGAGGAUGGACCAAUUCACUGAUGAUCGAUUGGUUUACAAGCUAUGCUAGAGUUAUCAUUCAAGAACUUGGACCUAAAGUUAAAUUUUUUGCCACAGUGAACGAACCUAUGGAUUUUUGUCACAAGGGCUAUGAAGGUUUGGAUCGAACUCCAGCUUUAGAUCCAGACUCGUAUGCGGAAUAUAUUUGCAUGCACAAUGUUCUGAAAGCACACGCAAAAGUUUAUCGUAUGUAUGAUGAAGAAUUCCGACCAUCACAAAAGGGAAAAAUGGGAAUUGUCAUUCCUUGUCAGUAUUACUAUUCAAAACUGGAAAAUGACACUUUGACGCAAGACAUAGCCUUUCAGUAUUCAUGUGGUUGGACGGCACAUCCAAUUUUUUCCAGUGAUGGUGAUUACCCUGAGGUUAUGAAGAAUCGAAUUGAUGAAAAUAGUAAAAUUCUCGGUUGGCCUUGGUCAAGAUUGCCAAAAUUCACCGAAAGUGAAAUUAAGUACAUAAAAGGGACGUCGGACUUUUUUGGAAUCAAUCAUUAUACAUCGUACAUUGCCGUUCCAAUCGAAAAGAAGGAUGGAGGUUUAUGGUUCAAUGACGCAGGAUAUUACAGAACGUUCGAUCCAAAAUGGCCCCCAACUGCCAGUUCAUGGUUCAAGGUAGUACCGGAAGGUUUUAGAAAUAUUCUGAAUAAAAUAAGAACAGAAUACAAUAAUCCAGUGGUGUAUGUUACCGAAAAUGGUUAUUCAGAUCGCGAUGGCUUGAAUGAUGACAAUCGACAUAAAUAUUAUUAUUCGUAUAUAAAGCAAAUGCUACUGGCCAUUAGGGAUGGAUGUAAUGUUAAAGGUUAUGCAAUUUGGAGUCUUUUGGACAACUGGGAAUGGGAAGACGGUUAUACUGAACGAUUUGGAAUUAUUCAUGUUGACUUUAAGGACCCCAAUCGGACAAGAACAUACAAAAAUUCUGCCAAAUGGUUUAAAGAUGUUCUACGAACUCGAAAACUUCUUCGCAUCAAUGAUUACAUAUAAUUUUGCAAUUUGUCAAUUUAAAAAGUUGCAUUAAUUUAAAUAAAACAUUAAAAUGUA